AUGCCGGACCCCUCCCUGUGGCCCUUGGGGGCUAGUGGAUCUGCUCUCUGGCCGCCUGGCCGACCUCAUGGGACUCAGGUGCAUGGACCUCCCCUCCGUGCCUCGGGGGAGCUGCGCCCUACCUGCCCCAGGGCUGUGCCCUCUGCCCCGCGCCUGGAGGGACUGACUCCGGCAUCUCUGCACGGGUACCCAUCCCACCGCUCCCUACAUGUGACGAUGUCGGGGUUUUACCGGCUGAACUGA